AAAAACGGAGAACGUGUCAGCUGACACGAUCUAUCUUAUGAGAACGUCAUGUAAAUGAAAACUCACGAACGUAGAAUUUUUCUGUAGACGUAGACGUAGACGUAGAAAUCCGCGCGAAGUUGAUUUUUUCCGUAGAAACGUGUCAGCUGAUUUCUCUCUCUCUCCUACUCUUUGCUCAGAGUUGCCAGUACACAAUGUUUGAAAUUGUUUUGAAUGAAGUUGAGAAAUAUUUAAGUUAUUCUUAAUAUAAUAACAAAUUUCUAUUGAAAAUAGUAUUUUAUUAAAUGUUAUGCUUUCUGAGUGUUUGUAAUAUAACUCUAUAUCGUUUAAAUUAUCAAAAAUACUUACUUAAAUGAUAAAUGUUAGCGAAAGCUUGCGAACAUAUGUAUCACUGGCAACUCUGCGUAAAUGUAUACAAAGAACACAAUAAAGAAGAAAGAAACAAACAAGUUGCAACCAAAAUUUAUAUAAAUUGUAAUGGACGACGAAAAGCUAAUUCUUUUCGUACAAAAUAAUAAGGAGUUGUACGAUAAAAGCAACCCCUGCUAUAAAUUAGCCGGCAGGAAGCAAAUGCUGUGGGAGCAAAUCGCCAGGGAGCUCAAUUCAACAGCCGAGAUGUGCAUGCGCAGAUGGGCAGCGCUUCGUGACCGAUAUGGACGUGAAGUGCGAAAGGAAUCAGCGCCAUCAGGCAGUGGCUCGCAGUACCACAGGCCAUGGUAUUUGCUAGAGGCACUUCGAUUUCUGAAGCCGCACGUUGUUCCUUGCCCAUUUCGGUGUUCGAGAAAUAUUUGUCCAGCAUCUUCGCCAUCAACGGGGAUUACUGGGAGUCCGCCACAGCUAUUGCCAUCGCCACCAGUCCGAGUGCAGUUACCAUCGCCGUCGCCUCCGACAACAGUUUCGCUGCCCUCACCAUCGCCGCCAAUUCAAGUGCAACUACCAUCGCCGUCGCGUCCGACAACAGUUUCGCUGCCCUCACCAUCGCCGCCAACUCAAGUGCAACUAUCAUCGCAGUCGCCUUCGACAACAGUUUCGCUGCCCUCACCAUCGCCGCCAAUUCAAGUGCACCUACCAUCGCCGUCGCCUCCGACAACAGUUUCGCUGCCCUCACCAUCGCCGCAAAUUCAAGUGCAACUACCAUCGCCGCCGUCUUCAUCACCAGUAUUAUUGCAAUCGAACCGCUCAAGGGGUACGAGGCGUCGUGGUAGCAAUAUUGAUGUUGAUAAGAGCAUGUACGAGGCCAUUGAGUUAUUCAAAACAAGGUGUGCAGCUAGAGAAGAGCACUCAAAUCCAGCUUUGAAUUCUUUUGGAAUGAUGAUGAUAUCAAUAAUAUCAAAGAUGACUGCAGCGAAACAGUCGCGGGCCAUGCAACGCAUGAUGGAGGUGGCAUUUGAGGUACAGCAGGAGCCUGACUAAUAGUUUGUAUGUGUAUUUUGUAUUUGCAUCUAUGUAUGUAGACUUAUGCUUACAUGUUUAUGUACAUAUGUAUGUAUAUGCAGUUUUACGUGUUUUUAUUCAUUCAUUGCAUAUGUACGCAUAUAUAGUUAUGUAUACAGACAAAAAAAUGUAUUCAUGCAUACGUUUAUGUAGUGAAAUUGCUAUUUGUGUGGAUUUAACUUUUAUUUUAUUUUAUUUUUUAUAGUACCACACAUAGAUAAGUAUGUCGCGUUCAGAAAUGCAUCAAGCUAAAGCAUCAGUCUCUUAUUUCAAAACUACAAUUGAUGGAAAUGCCUUAUUUGCGUAACUAAGUUCCAAUUCGGCAUUUAACCGUGAUUGAGCAUAUUGGACAAUACGAUCAAUUACACUUCCUUGCUGAUGUUGAUAUACUGAUUCUUUACUGAUACUGAUUUCUUCCUGCUUCUGAUACUGAUAUACUUUCUUACUGAUGCUUUCGUUUGAUGCAUUUCUGAACACAGGGUAUAUGUGCUCACACAUGACUAUACAUAGUAUAUGUAUGCAUACACACUUUUAUGUGCAUAUAUACCAUGCAAACCAUUUGUUUGUUAUUAUGUUCCGUAUAAAAAAAGUUUCGCUUAUACAAUGUAUGAAGGAAAAUGUGUAGAACAGACAGCAAAAAAAAAUAGUUAAAAAUCAAAGCGACUUCUUAGCCACUUAAAGUCUGCACAUUGUUAUUCUAAAAUUGAAUGGGCUAUAAAACUGCGUACUCGAUUUUUUUAAUUAUUUUUAAGUUUUUUUAACGUUUUC